AAUUUGGUGAGCGACUUCAUAAGUUGGUAAAAAAGGAGUACCAGAUUUAGAAAAUCAGGAGCUUCAAAUUUAUCCCUUAUUAGUUAUUAGUAGAAAAUUUCGAGAUCAAUUUCCCUUCAAUUUCGUUGAACAAAUCCCGCCAACAAAAAACAGAAUCAAAGAUUUUCAAAGGUUCGCACAUCAAUGCAAUUGACGGCCAUAGCUUGAAAGCAUCAAAUUCCCCAAAUUCCCCAAACCCCACCACGACUGCUCUAUUCCUCCACGCGUCGCCACCAAUCGCCCAACCCUUUUUUGUCCGCUUUCGUAACUCUGCAUUUCAAUGGCGUUUCGCCGGUUUCCCCUUCAUUGACGCCUCUGAUUCCCCCCUCCCCCAACAAUGAUCGAAAAUCGAGGUCCCACUUCCUGCCUCGUUGUCGGCAACUACUGCCACGACGUCCUCAUGAAGGACGGCGUCGUUCUCGCCGAGUCCCUCGGCGGCGCUGCCGCCUUCAUCUCCGCCGUCCUCGACGGCGUCGCCAUCCCCUCCACCUUCGUGUCCAAAGUUGGCCCGGAUUUCGCCUACUCCGUCGCACGAUCCCCCUCCGUUUUCGAGUCCUCCAAAACGACGGUGUUCCACGCCCAUUUCUCAUCGCAGGUCCAGCGGCACGAUCGGGUCCUCAAACGGGUCGAAUCGUGCGCCCCGAUCACCCCCUCGGACCUUCCCGCCUCGCGGCGGUUCGAGUUCGGGAUGGCCGUCGGCGUCGCCGGGGAAAUGCUGCCGGAGACGCUCGAGAGGAUGCUCGACAUCUGCGACACCGUGUUCGUCGACGUCCAAGCCCUAAUUCGCGCGUUCGAUCCCGCCGACGGAACGGUGAGCCUCGUUCAUCUGAGGGAUUCCGGAUUCGAUCAUCUGGUGCCGCGGAUUGGGUUCCUGAAGGCGUCGUCGGACGAGGCGCCGUACGUGGGCGUCGAGGCGGCAAGGAAGGAGUGCUGCGUGGUGGUGACGAAUGGGGAGGAGGGGUGCACGGUUUAUUACCAGAAUGUGGAGCAGCGGAUUGCCCCCUUCCCCACCGUGCAGGUCGAUCCGACGGGGGCCGGAGAUAGCUUCCUCGGCGGGUUGGUGGUGGGACUCAUCGAGGGGAUGCCUGUGCCCGAUGCCGCCUUGUUGGGGAACUUCUUCGGGUCCCUCACCGUCGGGCAACUCGGGCUGCCCAAGUUUGAUUUUCGGGUUUUGCAGGCAGUUAAGGAUGAGCUCCAACGAAGGAGGUUGAAAAUGUUCGGCCACGAGAGGCUUAACGGAGAACUAGUGUUUGUGAAGCCUAUAGAUCACGAGGACUUCCGUUCGGCGCUUGUUAGAGCCAAGAUACUACCCACGCUUUCAGUCCGAGAAUGCCAACAAGAUUUGCCAAGUUCCCCUAGACUUAUUGAGAAUCAUAACCACAUCUCCUCCAACGGUUAGCCAAAGCUUUUGUCAAGCAAUGCUUGUGAGGAACCGAUUACAUCAGGUAAUCGAUGAACCUCUGUAGCAUCUGCCCACCACGACCAACCAACCGGGCAAAUGAUAAAAAGGAGGGAGGAAACAAUAAACAGAAAAUGCAAAAAGACUCGAAAAAUAAAGAGGCGAGGAGACUGGCCAAGAUCGUUCGACUCCAGGCAUGUAUCCUGGUAAAACUCUUUGAUCUCAUCAUCAUAUAUGUUUCUUGAGUUAGUAGAGGGGUAGUAUCUUCAUGAUCGACGCGAACAAAGCAGGAAGAAACAUGCAAGAAUGUGAUGGUUUUAGUAAGAGAGGAAAAGAUGGUAGGCAUGUACAGGCAAAGAUAACAGUCCACCUGUGAAGCAAAAAUGAUGGGAGGAUUGAUUGUGGGAAAUGCUCUUUGAUGGCGCAGAUGGUGCAAAAAAUGGAUUAAUUGUAACCUUUUGCCAUUUUGAAACAUAAGAAACAAGUUUGGUCUUUAUUUAUGAUUCUAGUAUUAGUGUUGUUUUUUUCUCUCCUCUGUAUUUUCGAGCUAGGUAUUUCGAAAUAUACUCUCUCUCUCUCAUAUUUCCAAGUGCCACAAAAUAUGUUUGUGCAUAGCUUGUAAAUCAUGGAGUAUAAAAGAACUCAUUCCACCAAUAUGGACAGAUGAUCCUAUAUGUCAAGCAAAUUUAAAUGUGUAUCAAGUUAUUUAUGAUCA